CAGACGUCGUGUUGAGUUGAGGGGACAUCAUACGAUGUUAACAAACUCCCCAAUAAACCAGACAGCUAAGCGCAGAGGACAUACCGCUUACCCGCCAGGGCGUAUUCCCUCGCACCGUGCUACUGCAAGGACGGAAGUUAUGCGUCCCAGCUUAUACAUGGACAGAUUAUAGAAUUGCGGCGAGCCAAAAGUUGCCAUCAGGAUGCAGAAGGAUGCUUGUGCAUUGAUGCAUGGACACGGUUCGACGAACGGCGCCUCUGACAGGACUUGUUGCCGGAUUUAUAGACAAUGUUUGUUUGCAGCAUCGAUGCGCGUCCUGUCAAAGUUGGUUGAUACGUGCCCCUUCCCUGCCUGCAACCUGUCAGACAGCGGAGGCGUCGCACAGGACGCCAUUCGUCUCGGAGGCUUGAUGAUGUCUUCCCGCCUGAUAUAACCACAUUUGGAUUUACGCGCAGCUCGCGGCACACGAGACGCGGCACAAGCGACACGGGUCUUCUUUACUGCUUACGAACCACUCAUGCUUGCAGCACUCUGCAGGCCUUGCAUCUUUUGGGGUCAAGUUGUGUGACACAAACUUCGUUAAUCUAAACGUCAACGGGACAUAUGCG